UCGAACUUCAGUCAACCACAACACUCGAUCACAGGUUUUCGAUCUGACUUAAAAUCAAGUGUUUCAUAAGCUCUUCAACUUACUUACACAGCAUCCAAAAUGAAGUUCCUCUUUGUAGUCGCCCUUUUUGCCUUGGCCAUUCAGUUGGCUUAUUCUGCAAGUGGUACUACCACAACUACUACUGUUGCCACCACUACAACAACCUCAGCGGCUACAACAACCACAGCGGCAACAACAGCCACUACGACCGCCUCAUCCACCCACAAGAAGCGUUGUUGGAAGGGCAACAACUGGUGCCACACUCGCAUCCCCAAGAAGAAGUGCAAGCACCCAAAAAGGUGCCACAAGACCGUCGUGAUAGUCACACGCAGAAAGAACUAAUCUUCAUUUCAUAAUUUAAAUUGAAAAAUAAAUACAUACAAAAUA